AUGGCUUCCGACAAAGAAGCAGCCAACGCGCUCAAGCUGCAAGGCAACAAGGCUGUUGUGGCCCACGACUGGCCCACUGCUCUGGACUUCUACACCCAAGCCAUUGAGAAGUACGACAAGGAACCGGCCAUCUUCUGCAACCGUGCCCAGGCUCAAAUCAAAGUCGAAGCCUUUGGAUUCGCCAUUGCCGAUGCUACCAGCGCUUUGGAAUUGGACCCGAACUACGUCAAGGCCUAUUGGAGACGUGCCCUCGCCAACACUGCCACUUUGAACUAUAAGGCUGCUUUGAAGGAUUUCAAGGCCGUUGUCAAACGUGAACCUAAUAACCAAAAUGCGAAGCUAAAGCAAGCGGACUGCGAGAAGCUCGUCCGCCGCUUGGAAUUCGAGAAGGCCAUUGAGGUUUCCGACCCGCCCUCCGCGUUCGAGGGCCUGGAUAUCGAUGCGAUCAAGGUUGAGGAUGCUUAUGAUGGUGUGCACCUGGGCGAGGAAAUGACCCAGGAAUUUAUUGAUGAUAUGAUCGAGCGCUUCAAGAACGGCCAGAAGAUCCACCGCAAAUACGUCUUCCAGAUUGUCAAGGCUGUCAAGGAGCUGGUUUACAACGAGCCGACGAUGGUCGAGGUUGGUGUCGAAGCAGGCAAGAAGCUGACCGUCUGUGGUGAUACCCACGGUCAAUACUUCGAUCUGCUGGAGAUCUUCCGCCGAAACGGUGCCCCCUCCGACACCCACGCCUACCUCUUCAACGGUGACUUCGUUGACCGUGGCUCAUGGUCCUGCGAGAUUGCCCUGCUUCUCUACGCAUACAAGUGGCUGCGCCCCAACGGUCUGUUCUUGAACCGCGGAAACCACGAGACCGACGAUAUGAACAAGGUUUACGGAUUCGAGGGUGAGUGUAAGGCUAAGUAUAACGAACGGGUGUUCAAGGUCUUCUCUGAAUCCUUCUCCGCUCUGCCGCUGGCCACCCUAAUUGGCGAGAAAUACCUGGUCCUCCACGGUGGUCUCUUCUCCGACGACAAGAUUACCCUUAAUGAUAUUCGCAAACUUAACCGUCACAACCAACGGCAACCCGGCCAACAGGGUCUGAUGAUGGAGAUGCUCUGGACGGACCCGCAAACCCAGCCGGGCCGUGGACCCAGCAAGCGCGGUGUCGGCCUGCAAUUCGGCCCCGACAUCACCAAGCGUUUCUGUGAGAAUAACGGUCUGGAGGCUAUCAUCCGUUCGCACGAGGUGCGCAUGGAUGGCUACGAAGUCGAGCACGACGGCCGCUGUAUCACCGUCUUCUCUGCGCCCAGAUACUGCGACUCAACGGAGAACAAGGGUGCUUAUAUUAACAUCGGACCCGAGCUUAAGCUUGCAUAUGAGGUGUUCGAGGCAGUACCGCACCCGGACAUCAAGCCGAUGGCCUACGCGCAGAACUCGAUUCUGUCGCAAAUGUGA